UACAGCCCUACUUACUUAAUGUUGUAACACAAGUUUUAUACCUUUGUAAAAAAAUGCAAUUAAGAAAAUCAAGAUAAUUAAAUUAGUGGUUUCAGAUAUUUCACUAUUUUCAUGGUCUGCCGCACUCACAAAGAAUAGUUGGCGGCUCAACGGUCAAUAUUAGUCGUUACCCGUUUCUAGUUGCGCUUUUAGUUGCACGAGAUGGUGUGAAUUAUCGUCAAACUUGUGGAGCGUCAAUCAUUAGCAGAAGAGCAGUUGUAACAGCUGCCCAUUGUAUGACAGGUGCAGCCAGGCAGUUUCGUAUUAGGGCUGGGUCGAGUACUGCAAGCAGCGGUGGUACAGUUUACAACGUGAAUAACCUUAUUAUUCAUCCCAAUUACAACCAACUCACUAUAAAUAAUGACAUCGGAGUUGUGAGACUGUCAACAUCAUUGUCUCUUGGAGGCAACGUGAGAGUCGGACGCUUUGCUCAUGCGAAUUACAAUGCUGGCGAUAACCAAGCUGUUUGGGCUGCAGGGUGGGGUUUCACAUCAUUCAAUGGGCGACCAUCUGAAAAUCUUCGCCACGUUCAGCUUUGGACAGUGAACCAGAAUACUUGUCGAAAUGCUUACGGUUCAAUUCUUACACAAAAUAUGUUAUGUGCUGCACCGAGAGCUGCAGGUAAUGGUGUUUGCACACAGGACUCUGGUGGGCCACUUCUUCACAAUAAUUUCAUCAUAGGGGUCGUCUCGUUUAGCGGCAAUUGUGGACUGCCACAAUCCCCUGGAGUAUUCGCGCGAGUUUCAAGAUAUAGUAAUUGGAUUCAGUCGAAUUCUUAAUAUGCUUUAAAAG